GUCAUGCGAGAUGGGAUAUAAAUAGGCGAGGCUCCCCAGCAGCUGACAGUGAAGUUUCCUCCACCGACACGACACAAUGAACGCUAAGAUCCUCCUCCUGCUCGGUGUGGUGGCCGUGGCUGCUGCUGACAGUCGCCCCUCGUACUCCGUGCCUCGGUAUUCAUCUGAGGAGAGCGGUCCUGCUCAAUACAACUUCCAGUGGGCCGUCAACGACGCCCCCUCAGGUAACGACUUCGGUCACCAAGAGAACCGCGACAACGACAACACCAGGGGGUCGUACACCGUGCAGCUUCCCGACGGUCGUCUGCAGACCGUGAGUUACUCCGUGGACGGUGACUCAGGCUACAUUGCUGAUGUCAAGUACGACGGAGAUGCUCGCUACCCCGACUCUGAUGAAGUAAGGUCCUACACCCCACCCAGACCCCAGUAUGGUUAAGACCCCGACCACUGUCUCAGCAAAGGUGGCUGAUUACUAUUUUAAACUAAAGUACAUUGGUUUUAUUCCUGAGAAUAUGCUAUGUUAAUCUUGAUAACCUAUUUAUAUACUUAAACAAAAUUCACUGUA